AUGGAGUCCAAAGGAAUAAAGAAGUUGUUGAAGAAACAGUUUUCUCAAAUUCUUCAGUUACCAGCUAUAGGCUCGUUUGAAGAGCCAACUUCUACACAAAUGUUUCACAUGCUUAAUCAAAUGGGGCUUACUCCACCUAUUUUUGUUAUUAUACAAGAAAAUGUUGGGUGUGAUCCUCGUGUUCCUACUCCUAAGAAAGCGAAUUCGAAGCCAAAGGGUGUUACCAUUAAGGAACCAUCUGCUGAUGAACAACCAAAGAAACGAAAAGCAUCUUGUGUGUUAAAAGUAAAAGUGAAGUCACAAUCUUCAAAGCUAAAGUUGAAGAAACCUAUGAAGACUGUUGAGACGGUUUUUAACGAAGAAGAAGUAGUUUUUGAGAUUGAUGAUGAAGAAAUGGAUACUAAAUUUCAUACAAAUGUUUCACCACAAAGAGAUGCCUUUGUCAAAUUGAAUAUCAAGGAGACAAGCAACCUAGAUGUCACUGUGAACACAUCUCAUGUGGACGCAAACAUCACAAAUAGUGAACAAAAUUCAACAUCUAUUCCCGAGUCGAAUACUGUCACACCACCCGAAGGUCCUACUUCCAAAUCCAAUACGGAGGAGUAUAGUUCUUCCAAAUUCGACCUCUAUUCCUGA